GCAGGUGGCAAUGCAGCAGUCAACCUGCCUUCGGUGUCUCCUGGAGUCUUGAGGAUAGAAGGGGAAAAAAACACUCCGGGACCAGUUUCCUGAAGCUCCACACCACCCAGCUGUUAUGUGGGGAGCAGCCCAGGAACCAGAGGCAGCCACCAUGGAGCAAGGGCUGGAGGUGGCCCUCACAGACUUCCAGAGCGCCUGGAACAACGUACAGCACCACACAGACGAGAUCAGCUCUGACCGCCUCCUGGUCCGCAGGGGCCAGGCCUUCAACAUCACUUUGUACUUCAGGAACCGGGGCUUCCAGCCAGGCCUGGACAAUAUCAUCUUCGUGGCUGAGACUGGACCCCUACCAGACCUGUCCAACGGGACUCGAGCCCUGUUCGGCCUGACAGGUCAUCAUGGCCCCAGCCCGUGGAUUGCCUCACUGGAGACCAACGGGGCCAGCUCCCUGGAGGUGAUCCUGUGCGCCCCUCCUGUGGCAGCUGUGGGUCGGUAUCUCUUGAAAGUUCAUAUUGACUCUUUCCAGAGAUCUGUCACAGCCUACCAGCUUGGGGAGUUCAUCCUGCUCUUCAAUCCCUGGUGCCCAGAGGAUUCUGUCUACUUGGACAGUGAGCCCCAGAGGCAGGAAUAUGUCGUGAAUGAUUACGGCUUCAUUUACCAAGGGAACAAGAACUGGAUCCACCCAUGCCCCUGGAACUAUGGACAGUUUGAAGAGACUGUCAUAGACAUCUGCCUGGAGCUGCUAGACAAGAGCCUGAACUUCCAGAUCGACCCAGCCACAGACUGUGCCCUGCGGGGAAGCCCUGUCUACAUCAGCAGAGUGGUGUGUGCCAUGAUCAACAGCAACGAUGACAAUGGGGUGCUCAAUGGAAACUGGAGUGAGAAUUACUUAGACGGCAUCAACCCUGCGGAGUGGACGGGCAGCGUGGCCAUCCUGAAAGAGUGGCAUGCCACAGGCUGCCAGCCAGUGCGCUACGGGCAGUGCUGGGUCUUUGCUGCCAUCAUGUGCACAGUGAUGAGAUGCCUGGGGAUCCCCACCCGUGUGAUCACCAACUUUGACUCUGGCCACGACACAGAUGGAAACCUGAUCAUAGAUGAGCGUUAUGACAGCAUGGGCAGGAUCUUGGAGAAUAAGAAGAAGGACAGUGUCUGGAACUUUCACGUGUGGAAUGAAUGCUGGAUGGCCCGAAAGGAUCUCCCUUCUGGAUAUGGAGGCUGGCAGCUGCUGGAUGCCACACCUCAGGAGAGGAGCAACGGCCUCUACUGCUGUGGCCCUGCCUCAGUCAGAGCCAUCAAAGAGGGAGAGGUGGAGCUGAACUAUGACACAGCCUUUGCCUUCUCCAUGGUGAAUGCUGACUGCAUGUCCUGGCUUGUCUACAGAGGGAAGGAGCAGAAAAUUCACCGGGACACGAAUACGGUUGGCAAUUCUAUCAGCACCAAGGGCAUUCAAAGUGAUGAUCGAGAUGACAUCACGGAGAACUACAAAUACAUAGAAGGUUCCCCCCAGGAGAGGGAGGUGUUCCUGAAGGCUCUUCAGAAGCUGAAGGCUGGAAGGUCUGAAGACCCCCACCAAGCAGACUCACAACAUUCCACACCUGAGCCACGGAGCGGGGAUGGCCUUUGGAGGCUGCACACACCUUCCCUUCGGCCCCGUGAUAUUGUCCAGGUCUCCUUGAAAUUCCAGCUGCUCGACCCACCCCACAUGGGCCAGGACAUAAGCUUUGUCCUGCUGGCUCUCAACAUGUCACUCCAGUUCAAGGACCUCAAAGUGAACCUGAGUGCCCAGUCCCUGCUGCAUGAUGGCAGCCCCCUGCCCCCUUUCUGGCAGGACACAGCCUUUAUCACACUCUCUCCUGAAGAAGCAAAGACCCAUUCCUGUAGAAUUCCCUAUUCCCAGUAUAGCCGGUACCUGUCAACAGACAAGCUAAUCCGCAUCAGUGCCCUGGGUGAAGAGAAGAGCAGUCCGGAAAAGAUUCUGGUGGACAAGAUCAUCACCUUAGCCUAUCCAGCCAUCAUAAUUAACGUUUUAGGAGCUGCCGUUGUGAACCAGCCACUCUCCAUCCAGGUGCUGUUUACAAACCCCCUCUCAGAGCACGUGGAAGACUGUGUGCUAACUGUGGAAGGAAGCGGGCUCUUCAAGAAACAGCAGAGAGUCCUCAUUGGAGUCCUCAAACCUCAACACAGGGCCAGCAUCACACUGGAGACCAUCCCCUUCAAGAGUGGCCAAAGGCAGAUCCAAGCGAAUCUGAGGAGCAACAAGUUUAAGGACAUCAAGGGUUACAGGAAUGUCUAUGUAGACUUGAGGUUAUAAAUUCUAGAACAAUGAGCCAGAUGCAUAGAUUUUAAGCAUCAGGAGAAGGUGCAAGUUCAAAUGCAAGCUGUGCCACUCCACACCACAACAGAGGCUUUGCAGGGCUCCAAAGUAAGCAGCAGAAGAGAUGUCAGCGGUGGAUAGUCCCCUGGGCCAUUUGCACAGCUCCCCAGGACUCUGAUCAGAGCCUAGGGACUCUAUGGUAUCCAAUCCAGAAGUGUGAGAUAGCACAGAGGUCUGAGGACACUGGUUGGACUUACUGCUCCCACCCCAAAAAUUGGCUGAGCAGCUCACUGUCAUUUUGUCACUGCAGUGGUUAGCACCCUAGUCCCAAUAAACUUCAGUCCUUAUUCUCACCCCCUUUGCACCCAUGCAGUCAUCACUUUCCCUGCAGCAGCCCCCACCUAUUCCCUGGAUGCUGGCAGUGUCCUCCUGUUGCAAUGCUGGAGUCCAUUCAAGGGUGACUUACUGAGCGCCUAGUAUGUGCCAGGCACUGCUCUGAGCGUAGCGGAGAAGACAGUAAACAAAGCAAAGGCUCUGCCCCCAUGGAGCUUACAUUCUAUUUAUGGUGGAUGGGCGGGAUAUAGACAAUAGACAUGUCAACAGGUAAGUAACGUAUUUACAGAUGAUGUAUCAGUCAUGAUCUGGUUGGGGAAACCAAAACCCCUGUAAGAAUUUCUACAUACUACUGACUCUUUGUAUCUUGGGGGAAAAAAGCCUACGAGAUCUCUCACUUGGCCUUCCUUUGAAUCCCUUUCCAUAUCACAUCUAAGAUGUCCCUCAAUCUUAACAGUUCCAGCCUCUUGGCUCAAAGUCUGCCAGUACAUUGUGGUGCUGGGUGGACCUGGAAUGACCGUGAUUCUGGAGAUAAAGCCAGCUGAAUAAUGCAGUGAAGUAGAUUUUUGAUAGGGAAUGAAGUACUCUCAGACCUUUCUAUUGGCUGUAGCUUGUGUGUUUGCUCCUUCUGAACACAAAGCAAUUCCAAUCAUUAUCUCCUCUCAGAUACACUGCUUUCUCAUGGCACUGUGCCAAGUUCGAGAUGGAGAAAGGCAUGAUGCACCUGCCCUCCAGGCACUAGCUACAUGACUGAGACAGCUAUGUUGGGCACAUAGUAAAUGCAUGCACAUGAAAUAAAUACUUCUAUUAUAUAUAAACAAAAGGUUAAGUGUAAUUGAUCAGAGGGAGAGAAGAGGGUGUGGUGAGAAUUACAUAGCAGGUUGAGGUCCUAUUAAAGAGUAGGCUGAGAACCAGGAGAACCCUGACAGCAGGGAUCAGGAACUAACAUAUAAUUGUUUCAUUCUGUAACUGUUGCCUAACAAUCAUGAAAAAUGAUUUCAGGAAAACAUUGUGGAUGGGAACAUCUUACAGAGACAGUGACCUCUGAAGUACUUGGAACAUUUCAACUACCACCCUCAGACUCUUUCAUGAAUCUUGAUUUUAACACUACAUUCAUUAACACUUUCACUCGGCAAAUAUUCACAGAAUUUCUACUAGGGGCCAGGCCCUGAGCCAGGCACUGAGGACACAAGAAGGACCAGGGCCUGCCCUCAAGGAGCACAAGUCUAAGCAUGUGGUGAAUGAAAAAUGAAGAGGUUAUAACACAGAGUGGUGAGAACUACUGUUGGAGUGAGUGUA